AUGGCUCACUGUAGUUCAUCAGAUCCAAGUGGGAAGAUACCCCGUCCAGAUAGCAGCGCAGUAUUGAUGGCAGGAUCUCCCGGAACCGUUGAUCAGGCAAUGAAGCCGGUGUUGUUUGAAAUAUUUGGAGAAAUUUGGAACGUCCAGGCCCGACUCGGGCAAGGCGUCUCGGCCUCGGUAUACCGGGUGAGCUCGGGAAGGACGAGUACGGCCGCCGUUAAGGAGUUCCUGGCGGACGCUCAGGGCGGAGAUUACGGGUACCACAAGGAGAGGUCCGUGCUGGAAGACAUCCAAGGACACAAAAACAUCGUAACGCUGUAUGGGGUGUUCACCAACCACAGCCAUGUGGGUGUGGCCACACGCUGCCUGCUGCUAGAGCUGCUGGAUGUCAGUGUGUCUGAGCUGCUGGUUAGGGCCAGUACCCAGGGCCAGGUGGGCAGCCUCCAGAGUGGUGGUGCCCAGCAGCAGGGCCACUCCAUGUGGCUGGUGCAGCACUGCGCAAGAGACAUCCUGGAGGCCCUGGCCUUCCUCCACCGAGAGGGCUACGUCCACGCAGAUCUCAAGCCCCGCAAUGUGCUCUGGAGCGCAGACGACGAGUGCUUCAAACUCAUCGACUUUGGACUCAGCUUCAAGGAGGGUAACCAGGAUGUGAAGUACAUCCAGACGGAUGGGUACCGUGCCCCGGAGGCUGAGCUUCAGAACUCGCUGGCCCAGGCGGGGCUCGAGGCGGAGGGUAACUCUGGCUGCUCGGCCACUGUGGACCUCUGGAGCCUGGGUAUCAUCCUGCUGGAGAUGCACUCCGGCAUCAAACUCAAAGACACUGUCAGGUCACCCGAGUGGAAAGACAACAGUGCAGCGAUAGUCGACCAUAUCUUUGCCAGUAACAGUAUGGUGUGUCCUGCUAUCCCUGUCUAUCACCUCAGAGACCUGAUCAAGAGCAUGCUUCACUAUGACCCCAAGCACAGAGGCACAGCCGAGACGGCCCUGCUUAGCCCUUUUUUCAGUAUUCCCUUUGCUCCUCACAUAGAAGACUUGGUUCUGCUGCCCUCUCCUGUUCUGCGCCUGCUCAACCUGAUUGACGACAGCCACCUACACAAUGAGGAGGAGUAUGAAGACAUCUUGGAGGACAUGAAGGAGGAGUGCCAGAAGUACGGCUCAGUGGUCUCUCUUCUCAUUCCCAAGGAGAACCCAGGCAAAGGACAGGUGUUUGUAGAAUAUGCUAACGCAGGCGACUCCAAAGAGGCCCAGAGACUGCUGACGGGACGGACCUUUGACAGGAAGUUUGUCGUUGCCACAUUCUACCCCCUGAGUGCUUACAAGAGAGGCUACUUGUACCAGACCGUGCAGUGAACACACACACAUGCGCACUGAGAGCUCACACACCGUUAGUUGAAGAGCACAGGCCUAGGCCCCAUUCAGUCCGUCUCUAUCAUGAUGUGUAUACUUACAGUUGAAGUUGGAAGUUUACAUACACUUAGGUUGGAGUCAUUAAAACUAGUUUUUCAACCACUCCACAAAUUUCUUGUUAACUAACUAUUGUUUUGGCAAGUUGGUUAGGACAUCUACUUUGUGCAUGACACAAGUAAUUUUUCCAACAAUUGUUUACAGAGAUUAUUUCACUUAUAAUUCACUGUAUCACAAUUCCAUUGGGUCAGAAGAUUACAUGCACUAAGUUGACUGUGCCUUUUAAACAGCUUGGAAAAUUCCAGAAAAUGUCAUGGCUUUAGAAGCUUCUGAUUGGCUAAUUGACAUAAUUUGAGUCAAUUGGAGGUGUACCUGUGGAUGUAUUUCAAGGCCUACCAUCAAACUCAGUGCCUCUGCUUGACAUCAUGGGAAAAUCUAAAGAAAUCAGCCAAGACCUCAGAUAAAGAAUUGUAGACCUCCACAAGUCUGGUUCAUCCUUGGGAGCAAUUCCCAAAUGCCUGAAGAUACCGCGUUCAUCUUUACAAACAAUAGUAUGCAAGUAUAAACACCAUGGGACAACGCAGCCGCCAUACCGCUCAGGAAGGAGAUGCGUUCUGUCUCCUAGAGAUGAAUGUACUUUGGUGCGAAAAGUGCAAAUCAAUCCCAGAACAAAAGCAAAGGACCUUGUGAAGAUGCUGGAGGAAACCGGUACAAAAGUAUCUAUAUCCACAGUAAAACGAGUCCUAUAUCGACAUAACCUGAAAGGCCGCUCAUCAAGGAAGAAGGCACUGCUCUAAAACUGCCAUAAAAAAGCCAGACUACAGUUUGCAACUGCACAUGGGGACAAAGAUCGUACUUUUUGGAGAAAUGUCCUCUGACCCACUGGGAAUGUGAUGAAAUAAAAGCUGAAAUAAAUCAUUCUCUUUACUAUUAUUCUGAUAUUUCACAUUCUUAAAAUAAAGUGGUGAUCCUAACUGACCUAAAGCAAGGAAUUCUUACAAGGAUUAAAUUUCAGGAAUUGUGAAACUGAGUUUAAAUGUAUUUGGCUAAGGUGUAUGUAAACAUCCAACUUCAACUGUAUAUCAAAUCACCACUCUGCUUUCUGCAGCCUCUAGGGCCAGAGUUAACCUAAUAUGCCCUGUAGCUUUAACUACUGUAUGUAGCUACAGUAUGGAUUAUACAAAUCUGUCCUUUCACAAUUUUCCAUGUCCUCCUAUUGGGAUGUAUACUGCUGGAGUCUGCUUUUAACAUUGAUCCAGAUUGGUCAUAUGUUUAUCAGAGGGAGAUGGCUUGACUCUCAGUAGAUGGAAAAAUCCAUACUGUCCCACUCUACACUGUGCUGAUGUCAAACCCCGAACAAGAGAAUUACUUUAUGUCCACCUACCUUUUUAUAGAGCACAAAGAGUACAGUACCAACUGCCCUAUGGUUUUCUCAUAAACCCAGCAGGCUGUUUAGCUUGAGUAGGGCCCAUGGUUUUUUUCAUACUCAACUACUUGAAUAUGCUAUCUUUAAGUAAUUGAAACCGUUCCUACUGAUUGAUCUUGGGUCUCUUGUUGAAGCCUGAGCCACAAUUUCAUCUUAUCCAAAGUUACCUUCCUAUGACAUAUUUUUCUAUGAGAUGUUGUUUGUUUUGAGACUUGAAUUCCAAAGGUACCACUCAAACAUCAGUAGAAUCACAUUCUGAGACUAAAGUCCAAUCAUUCAACUGUGGCACUUUUCUAUGGUACAUAAAAAUAUAUAUAUAUACUUUUUUUGUAAUUUCCACCAUAUAUAGUGUUAUUCAAUUUUGUCCAAAUUGCCACAUAUACUAUGUUUACUCCUGAUUGGUUGGGCUGAUGUGAAUGGAAGUUAAGUUUUCGAUACGUUAUGAAAGGGAUGGGUCAUUCCCUAGCUCUGUACAGUACAUAGCAACAAGCCUACUGUCCGCUCAGAACCCAUGAAUAGGGUUUUCACAGUUGAAUAUUUCAGUUGGAGAGCAUUACAGUUGUCAGUGUUGUAGCCGACUAUUCCAGUUCUCUCUGUCUGAGUUUUAUAGUCUGCAUGACAAAUCAAUGUGUGAGAACAGCUAGUUUAGGUGAGAUUAUAGGCUACAAAAGUCUUGAAUUAUUCUAUGUCGUGUGUUGAUGUUGAAAUUAACAACAAAUUGUUGCAUGCACUGAACUGAAAUGUUAGAGGCAAUAUUUAUUCUGCAUUUUUGACUCUCCCCCUUGUUUGUCUGCUGCUCUUAUUCAGUCCAAUGUGAAUCCUAUGCGGGGCACAGGGGCUUCUGAAUCAGUAGGUUGGCAUUGAAACUAGAAUGGUUUCAGGCAGGGGGCUAGUGGUAUCCUGCCCAUCUAUAUAAAUACUGCAGCACCCCUUAGCGGUCAUGCUAGAGAAAGGCCUUGUCUUCCUCUCCUAUACUAUACCUACAGUAGCUGAUCUUCCAAAGCUCCGUCCUGCCUGUCCAACCUUUCCAGAUGCUUUUUUAAGUUGUUUGAAAAAGAGACCAUAUUAACAUGAGCAAAAAUAACUACAAUUUAAAGCACAUUAUUGUUGAUACACUGCGAUUUACUCCAUUUGUAACUCACACUUCCAGUCAACUGGCAUCAUGCGACAAGUGUGGAUGCUGAUUGAGACAUCGUUGACGACGUCCUGCCUAUGUGAAGUACUGACUUGCCUAUGUGAAGUACUGACUUUAGGACUGCUGGGUGAUGUACCACCAAUAUGUGAGGUGAUCCAUCCACUGCCUCAGCUACAGUACAUUCUCUGUGUUUAUAAUCUAGAGUCUACCACUAUAAUGUUCCCAUUUAGUAUAUUUGUUGAUGUUUUGGCACAUUGUUCCUUAGGUGUGUUAUUCAAAAUAGAUCUCAAUGAUUCCUUUCUAAUCCCCACAACCAUUGAGCAUGAUGGCAUUUCUUCAUGGACAAAUGUUCAGGUAGCUCCAUUGUGUUUUGUUUACACUUUGGGUCAGCUAUCUGAAUGCAGUGUCAGGUUCUUUUCUAUGUCUUCUUAUAUAGAAGUACUAAUAUGAGUACUUCAAAGUGUCUGAUAAAGCUGGAAUUGAUUUGUGGGCAAGGCGAUGUCAGGUAUUAGCACACAGGUAGCAAUAUACUAGGCCUUAUAUAUGAUAUGUUCUAAUGGCAGAGAAUAUAAUAUUAGUAUUAGAAUGCAGGUGGCAGAGCAGGAUUCCUCUGGAUGUUGACUAUGGACACAAUACUGAUCAGGGAAAACCGGUACCUAUACUGUACAUGAGAGAGUAACAGAGAGAGGGAACUCUGCUGCUAGUAAGUCACCAGGGCUGUAGUCAGGGUCUGAGUACCCCCCCUCCAUCCAAGAAAUGAAGGAAGUUGAAGCUCAUUUACUUCAUUUCUAUGCAUUUUAAAGGUACAACAUGUAGAAAUCACGCCACUAUUUCCUGGUUGCUAGCAUUCUAAUAGUUUGCUUGUUGUAUCACAAACUGAAAUUAGCAAUGUGCAGGUAUUUAUUUAAAAUUUCCAAUUGGUAGUUAGUCUUGUCCCAUUGCUACAACUCGCCUAUGGACUCGAGAGGCGACAGUUGAGAGCCAUGCGUCCUCCAAAACACGAUCCUGCCAAGCCGCACCUUAGACUGCUGUGCCACUCAGGAGGCGCUACCACUUCUUAGAUUUGCUUUCAAUGAGAAUUACAUAUCUAUAACUCACAUUUCUAUGUGAAUUUGGUCAGGUUGCCCAAAAAGUUACAUAUUGCAGCUUUAAAAACUCUAAAACACUAUUUGGAGGACAGCAAAAACAUAGUAGGGUCAUUCACCUCAGUCGAUCUACAAAUAAAUAGCCUAUUAGCUAUACAAUUAGCCGCUACACGUUAACUCAGCACCGGGAUCAAAAACUAUAAUUUAAUACGUUCACAGUUCUGUUUACAAAAAAGUAUUUUACAGCUAAUUUCCAGCAUUUCUACACAUUUUGACAUGGGGGGGGGGGGGGGGGAGACAUUUUUGCAAUUUUAAAAGCUAAUCUCCUGCAUUUUGCGAUGACAUGUUAUGAUAUCUGAGUGAGAGUGAAUAACAAAAUCAAUGGGGGCCCCCUGGAGGUCAGGGCCUAACUGGCUAGAGGCACUCGAAUAAUUUACCAAUCACAUUUUUUUUCACUGACAUUGGCUAAUUGAGUGACUGUCAGUGAGUGGCAUGCAACAACAGGAUAACUGCUGAUGCACAACCAAGUUUAUAAAUUGUACCACAUGUAUUCUACUAUUCUAACUCCCAACAGUAAGUUGAGACGGCAAAUUAGUUCCUAUUUAAUCGUUUUGUUCUUAAAAAAAAUUACCUUCCAUACCUUGGUUUUCUCGUGUGUGUAUAGCUACGGCUCUGCAUUUCACGCUGCUUUGGGCCGAGGUAUUCUUUAGGGUACAGACUCAUCUAGUUAGGUGUUUCAUAUCCCGGGACUGUGUUGGUAAGACUAAAGAGCUUCCUAGCUAGCCCUGCAGGCAGUGUGUAGAACUAUAAGCUACUGAAUAAAAUAGAUCCUGUUUAUUGCCCAACUCCAUCUCGAGAGGAAGCAGAAUGAUUGUAUAACUUUCUUUGUAAAGAUUUGUUGUUACUCUGAGCAGUUGUAGAAAUAUCACUGAGCAGCCUCCUGACUGUGCCAACCCCAAUAUAUUUAGAAACAGAUGGAAGGAGUGUCUUUGUUUGCAGACACCCUGGGCAAUCAGAGAGAUUAGUGUGUGUAUUUACAUGUAUAUUAAUUUAUAGGUUUGUAUGUGGGGAGGCUUCCUGCAUCCUCCCAGUUUGUUGAUAGGCAUUGUUAUGUUUCAUUCAGGUUUAUUAGUUAGUGGAGUUAUGCUGUUACAGAACUGCUGUUGUCAGAAAUUGUACAAAUUGGCGAUUUCCUGAACUGAAUUGAAUCAACCCUGCUUUACAGCACUGAUCAAAUGAAAGAAAAAUCUAAGUCAGCAAUGAUGUAGACCAAUCCCCUGUUGCCAUAUGGUAUAAAAAAAACACACAAAGAUGACAGGAUUGAAAUGAUGCGUUUUAUUGUCAAUGUUUUGUCUGCUAGGCAAUAUUGAAGGAGUCUCCAAAGACUACAGCACUGAUAUCAAUGUGUUAAAUAAAUAAUUUCCCUUCCCCACUCAAAAAUUAUCAUGAUUGUCUUUUGAGCAACAUGUCUCCUUUGGGUUUUGUGAAAGCCUGCUGCAUUGAGCAGCUGUCAGCCACCCUGUUACAAAGAACAACUGUCUCCAACAAAACUAAAACUGACUUGACUGUGAAUCAAUCACACUAUCUGAUCUGUGUGAUCAGGAUUAUCGAAGGCACAUAUGAGUAUAAAACAAGUGUAUGUAUGUAUGAUGGAACAAGCGUGUGUGAGAGUCCAUGCAUUGCCACACAGAAAGAACCCUGUGAUUGUAAGGGUGUGAUUAUAUAUGUUCGUAUUGUUUCCAUAUCUCAAAAUAAAGAAAGCUACUUGA